CAAUCCCCCUUCCCGGCUCCCCACUCUCUUCUUUCUCGAUCUUGCCUCCUCAAUUACGCCGUAGAUCCGUCCGGCGACCCCCUAAAACCCUAACUCUGGAUCUCACCUCAAAACGAACCACCUUCUCUUCCGAUCUCAUCUCACGUGACCUCCAUGCUUCUGGAUUGAGUACUCUUAUAGGAGUUAUGCUUGGCCAAAUAUGAGUGAAGUAUGUCUCGUAUGCCCAUAGUGUUGGAGCUAAGAACAAGUGAACAGCAUGGCCCUUAAAUACAGUAGCAAAGCUUCCACAUGCUCAAUUUCUACUUUGUUUCUAUCGUUCUCUAUUCUCUUUGCCCUUUUACUCUCCAUAUUUUUGCUAUCAUCUAAUCACACUUCCAAAUCCAUUUCACCGUUAUCAUGUCUCAUGUCUAACCCUCCCACCGACUUACCCAACAAAAACACCAACCGUGAUUCAAUCAACGUAUACGUUUCAAAUCUACCCAGAUCACUCAACUACGGACUUCUAGACAAAUACUGGUCUCUAUCUCAUGAUUCAAGACUGGGCAGCGAUAUAGACAACGAAAUCAGAUCGACCAGUUCGUGGAAUAAUAAAAAAGUUCCCAUUUAUCCUGAGAGUCCAUUGAUUAAACAAUACAGUGCUGAGUACUGGAUUUUGGGUGAUCUGGUAACCCCGCCAGAGUUAAGAAGUGGGUCUUUUGCGAAGCGGGUUUUUUCUCCUGAAGAGGCUGAUGUUGUCUUUGUGCCUUUUUUUGCGACCUUGAGUGCUGAAUUGCAGCUUGGUACUGCCAAAGGGGUUUUUAGGAAGAAAGUGGGAAAUGAGGAUUAUGCUAGACAAAGGGAGGUUUUGGACUUUGUGAAAGGGAGCGAGGCUUGGAAACGUUCUGGUGGCAGAGAUCACGUUUUUGUUCUUACAGGUAUCUUGCUUCUUGUUUUCUUUAAGUCUUAAUAUUAUGAGUUGUUU